AUGAAGCAGAACAACCUCAACUCUAACAGCUCGAGCUACAUGGCAGCGCAGAACAACCACGCCAACCAGCUCAACCCCAACAGCUCCAGCUACAUGGCAGCGCAGAACAACCACGCCAACCAGCUCAACCCCAACAACUCGGCUUAUCAUUCCAGCCGACAGGGCAAGUAUAAUGGAACCUUCCAGUUUGUUUGUCUCUGA